AUGCAUCCAUCAAUUUCAAGAUUAGCUUCACAACAAAUAAGAACUGUUAAAAUAGUACCACAAUAUAAAUAUUAUAUUAGACGUAUACGUGAUGUUGCUGUUUGGGGUUCUGGGUUAUUUGCAUUUUUUGUAUGGCCAAGUGCUUAUGUUUAUGCUUAUAAUAUUGUAAAUGAUGUUCCUCAAGGUAAAGGUGUUGGUAAUAGAGGAUUAUUUUAUUAG